AACACGAACAUAGCGAGAAUCUCACUUUUCGGAAUUCAGUCGUAACACCGUGCAAAAUAUCCAUCCAAGAAGGCACUGCAACACUACGCGGUCAGACGCGUUGCCUACUGCGCCUGCUGCGAUGGCGGAGCUAUAGCCGGAGGGGGUGAUGUGGCCUACAGAAUACAGAGAGCAUGCCCUCAAACUCAUAAAGUACCUAGUGUAUAUCCGCGGCUGUAUCGACCGCACUGGGAGUCAGACCGUGCUAUUAGAAGUCGCGAAGAUAAUAAUCCAAGGCGCGACGUCGUUCGUCGCAAAAGUAUAGAACAUCCUAGACAUAACCGCUAUUCACGGCGCGCUGCGCGAGAUGCGGGGAGACGCGAAAGCAAUAAAAGAAGAGACGUCGUAGAGACUAGAAGCACUAAAGAAAGAGCUACGAGGUACUAAUAUACAGAUCGAGAGGGUACCCGCGGUCGGAGAGGAGACGAAGGGAGCCGCGAAAGAGGUAAUAGAAGUAGGUAAGGUAGGAGUUACAAUUAUAAGGGACGUUAAAAACACUAACCUACAGAACAACAAGAGUGCGCUAAUAAGCUAUAUAGCAGCAGUAGCGAGUAGUAUACUAGCUAGUAGUAUGCACAUUCCCUAUAACAUAUAGACUAUAUCUACCUAGAGCUAGCGUGAAAUUAUUGUAAAUAUUAGAAACCCUAUAACUAUUGAACGCUUGCGUGC